AUGACUCUCGUACCGAAUCAGUUGUUCAGCUAUUCAAAAAGCUCUUGGAUCUUAAUAUCCCUGAGACCGGGGUCUCGUUCUGGACAAAAGCGAGAGGAGGAUUCAGUCGCUUCUGGAGGUGGUCAAGGCCCAAGUUUUGUGGACGAGCGCAGUUUAUCUCCUGAGCCAGCUGCAACCAUAAUGCGGGAUGACACGUUACCAGGCGGAUAUGAUGCGAUCGCUAGAGCACCACAUCUUACAGCAUCAUAGCUGCACGGGAUGUUACAGAUUGACGCGUUCGCAUCAAAGUAUUCGCAUCUUGCAAAACUAGGCGAUAUCGAAGAGGGCGAAUGAGUUCUGUCACAGCGCUAAAGAUCAAUGGAUUUUUGUACGAGGGCUAUUUUUUGUUCAAUUUACUGCAAAAUUUGAAACUCAAAAUAUCCAUAAGUCCACUUAAAAGAUGUGCUUGGUGCUCAAUCUGUCUCAAACUCCAUUCUCAAAUAAGAAUGUUUUGUGCAAGAGUGUUUGGAG